CAGAAAACAAGGUCGUUUUUGGUCCUGCUCUUCUGUUGUACUUUGCUACUUGCGGGAACGUCAUCCACGUGGACUGGAGUGGAAGCCGUGGCAGACUCGACAAAACCUGCAUUUGGAAUCUCCCGCAGAACGACAGCCCUAGAAAAAAGACGAAGAAUGUCGACUCGGUCGGGAGCCCGCUACAGAGGAGGAGAUAGUGGUGGAUCUGCAUCCGAUGCAGGUAACAGUGACAGUACACCCAAUGCCGAAUCAGCACCAAUCAGCAUCAAUGAUGCCGGCAAUUCAAGUCCAUCACCAGCGGCUGAAGCGCAAACUGCCGCGCCAGCUCCCACCAACGAUGCCGUUGCACCAGCGAAGAAAUCCUUUUCCUUUCGAGAGGCUCGAGAAACCUUGUUUCCGAUUUAUGGAAAGGACGAGGUUCAUAAAUUUCUGUUGAUUGGUUCCAUCAAAUUCUUUAUCAUCAUGGCAUUGACACUCACAAGAGAUACCAAGGAUACCCUGGUGGUUACACAAUGCGGCGCAGAAGCCAUUGCUUUUCUGAAGGUGAGGAAUAAUUGUUUUUUGAUUUCAAGCUUGCAGGUUUCUUCAAUUUUGCUACACCRUGUAUGUGCUUAUCACAGUGCUUCCCUUAUAAAUUUCAAUGUAUUAUAUUCGAUACAAAUCGCAGAUAUACGGAGUCCUCCCUGCUGCGACGGCAUUUAUCGCUCUUUAUUCCAAAAUGUCCGAUGUGUUGAGCAAGAAAACAUUGUUUUAUAGUACCUGCAUUCCCUUCUUCAUUUUCUUCGCUCUCUUCGAUGCGGUUAUUUAUCCCAAUGCCGAUCGUUUGCAUCCUUCCUUAGCCUCGGUGGAGUCUUUCCUGGGAAUUGCCAAUGGAAGUGAAGGUGGGUUAAGCAUUUUAGCCAGCAUUGUGGCGCACUGGACAUCGGCUUUGUUCUAUGUUAUGGCAGAGAUUUACUCUUCUGUAUCGGUGGGCCUUUUGUUUUGGCAAUUUGCCAACGACGUGGUAUCCGUCGAUCAGGCAAAGAGAUUCUAUCCAUUGUUUGCACAGAUGAGUGGACUCGCACCAGUUCUUGCGGGUCAAUACGCAGUGCACUUUGCCAGCCGGGCAGACACGUUUGCCACCUCCCUGCAUCGGCUAACGGYGGCAAUAUCCUUUGCGGGAUGCAUGAUCUGUUUCUUCUACAACGCCAGUACCAAAUUCAUUGAGAAAAAGGAAGGGGUGAAAUUGGUUUCUAGCAGUAGCGAUGGUGCCCCAGCACCCACCAAGAAGAAAAAGCCAAAGAUGUCGAUGGUYGAAUCAAUCAAGUUUUUGGCAUCRUCUCAGUAYUUGAGACUGAUUGCAUCCCUCGUCCUCGGAUACGGACUGAGCAUCAACUUUACCGAGGUCAUGUGGAAGUCCCUUGUGAAAAAGAAGUAUCCAAAUCCAUUGGAUUAUCAACGAUUCAUGGGCAACUUCUCGUCGGCGGUGGGUGCCAGUACGUGCGUCGUCAUCUUGUUUGGAGUCCACGUGAUCCGCAUCCUUGGCUGGAAGGUUGGGGCAAUGGCAACCCCCGCUAUUAUGGCCGUUCUAGCUGCGCCAUUCUUUGCCUGUAUCCUGAUGGGAUUGGACAGCCCAGCAAGAUUGCACRUGGCSGUUAUUUUGGGAACCGUUCAAUCCCUUUUGAGCAAAACAUCGAAGUAYGCUCUUUUCGAUCCAACUACGCAGAUGUCGUACAUUCCACUGGAUCAAGACUCAAAGGUYAAGGGCAAGGCCGCCAUCGAUGUACUGGGAUCUCGUAUCGGCAAGAGCGGUGGAUCUUUCAUCCAACAAAUGUAAGUGCUUUUUAUUUUUGAUUUGUAGGAACKUUUUGUAUGGUGAGUCGAUGCCAUGCUGUUUCGGCUCUCAACAUUCUCAUUGUUUUGGAAUUUAAAUCAUUAUUUGUCCCAUUCAAAUCUUUGCCGUACAGCCUCGUGCUUUCCUUCGGCAACAUCAUCAAUGCUGCACCCRUCGUGGCUGCCAUUUUCUACACCAUAUUAUUUGCCUGGUUGUCCUCGGCGAGCAAACUCAGCACCCUAUUCGUGGCACAAACAGAAAUGGACAAGGCCGAAAAGGCGAAGAAAGAAUAAACCUUUACUAUACUACGGUAAACASCUUGGAUUUAAGAAAACCACAUCCAUAUG